GUCACACUAGCUAACAUAUGUAAACAAAGAAAGAUUGCAAGCAAAUGCCACGAAUUCUUAAUUAAAAACAAUACUAUUGUGUGUUGUACAAAUAAUUAGCUGCCAUCGGGGGCUGUGUAACAACUACGUGUUCUUUCUGAUGUGCAACAGCAGCAUCUAGAGAAAUAGCUCAAGUAGCAGAAGCAGCAGCAGCAGCAACACAGACAUUCCAAUGCACUUUCUCUCCAUAGAGUAAAACCUGUCUUGCGGCUUUUUGUUGGUGUUGUUGACAUCUAUUUCGAUAUCAAUAGAAAAAUACAGGCCAAAUAUAUGUAUUGCUCGUUGUCGCGUUUGCUUUUGCGUCGUUAGCAGACUACUAAGCACCUGUGUGCCAGCAAUUACAAGAACAAAAUUAUAAAAAAACAAGCUAGCUGAUUGCCGUCUUUAUUGUCCAGUCACAUCUUGCCCGCUCUUGAGUGCGUUUCAGACAACUGGAGAGUCGCGCUUAAAGAAUUCAUAAUUUGCAUAUUAUUUUUUGCUAUAUGCAUAAUUUAAGCCAAGCAUGUUUGGUUCAAUUGAGUCAUUUUGCCACGGAACUUUGUGCUAAACGUCACAUCUAACCAUAUUUAGAAGAUAUAAAUAUAUAUUCGCAAGCAAGAUGUCUUCGAUUGAGGAGAAAGUGCGUAGCAUAUUGAACGCCAAAGAUCUGGGCGAUAUAACAACAGAAUUAUGCGACUUCUCAUUAAAAGAACAAAAUGCGACGGCCGAGGCGCAGGGCGUACAGCCAUCGGCAACGAGUGACUUUGUGCCGAAAGUCGGGCAGACGAUUAACUAUAUUGUGGCCUGUGUCAUGUUCAAUGAGCACGACGAGCUGCUCAUGAUCGAGGAGGCCAAGCCCAGCUGCGCAGGUAAAUGGUAUUUGCCCGCCGGCCGCAUGGAAAGGGGCGAGUCGAUUACGGAGGCAGCUGCACGCGAGCUGUUCGAGGAGACGGGCCUCAAUGCGGAGAUGACUACAUUGCUGGCCGUGGAAUCGGCUGGUGGGUCCUGGUUUCGCUUUGUGCUAACGGGUCGCAUUACAGGUGGACGGCUGAAGACACCAGCCGAUGCGGAUGCGGAGUCUAUACAAGCGCUGUGGCUGCGCAAUGUGAAGGAAGUGCCGUUACGGGCCAACGAUAUACUCAGCAUCAUUGAAAUCGGACGCGCCUAUCAUCAGCACCAGAAGCUGCUACAGACAGAGGAGGGUUUGCUAAAGCAGCCGCAAUGGCAUGCGAAUGUGCUGCCCACGCGUCAUCCGCACAAACGCAACUAUUUACGAGUGCUGGCCGUGGCGCGCAAGCGUGCUAGCAACUCGAUGAACAUACUCAUAAGCGAGAAGAAUGCACAUCACUUUCCAACCGUUGAAAUGCAUCCGAAUCGCAGCCUGCACUCGACGUUGCGCAAAUUUAUGAUCGAAAUAUUUGGCGCCGAGCUGCCGCAGCAUCGGCCGCAUGGUCUGCUUAGCGUGGAGCACGGCACAAACAGCGACGAGGGAAGCGAUGGUCUAUGCUUGAAUCUGUUAGUCGCCUUCAGACCGCCGCUCGAGGAAAUUUCGCUAAUUGGCAAAUGCAUUUGGCAAGAGCUUAGCUCACCGCUGGACGAGACGCUGGCCCGCAUACUCAGCAGCAAGAAUGGCUCCAUACCACUCAACGUGGUACGUUAGCUGCCUAUCAACUAGACGUAACUCUCUUUCAAAUGGUGCAAGCUUAUAUUAUAUACCCUAGUAUUUAAAUAUACCGAUUG